CGAAGCAACAAUCCUCCUCUUCCCAGUCGCUUGUCGAUAACACACACAAACUUUCGAUUGACACCCUCGCUCGACUCUGCAUACAUACCGAAUCAUAGCAUCUCUCAACGCUUUACGAUAGUAGCUACGAUGUCGUCCAUCUCAGCACCCACAGACGCCACGGCCGUCGCUUCACAACCGGGCGGGACGAGACACCUCGUCUCGAGCAUCGUCACCAACCUGAAAGAAAAGGCCAGACCGAGCGAUACCGAGUUGAGCAGGUGGAAGAGGACUUUCGAAGCGUUCGCUCAUCAGGACGAGAGCGGGGAGGAAAAGUACCUCGACCAAGAAUCCUUCAUCGACGCUAUCGCACCAUCCCACGACUUCUCCAAGAUCAAGCGGGAUGCUUAUCGGAUCCUCUUCAAGGUCGCGGACAGUGGAAGACAAGGGAGGAUCUCGUGGGAGGAUUUCAAAGUGUUCGAGACCCUCCUGAAACGACCCGAUGCCGACUACCUCAUCGCGUUCCAAUAUUUUGAUACGGAUAACAAUGGGCAGAUCACGUUUGACGAGUUCAAGGAGGCGUUCUCUAGGGUCAUCGGAAGCGGGAGCGAGAGCAUACCGUUUGAUUUCGAUUGCGAUUGGGCAAAGUUGUAUCUCGGCAAGAGGGGACCUGGCGGACACGUCUUGGGAUAUUCCGAAUUCACCCAACUCAUCAAGGGUCUUCAGGGAGAACGUCUGCGUCAAGCGUUCCGAUAUUUCGACAAGGACGGAGACGGGUACAUCAAGCCGGAAGAGUUCCAGAGAAUCGUGCUCGAGCUCGCCGGGCACAAGUUGUCGGACCCGGUCUUGGAACGGUUGCCGACGCUGUGUACGCUGAGUCCGGGGCAGAAGAUUAGUUAUUCCGAGGUGAUUGCGUUCCACAACAUCAUCCGAGAGAUGGACCAGGUCGAGAGGAUCAUCCGGGACGCCACAGCGAAAUCCAAGGACGGAAGGAUCACCGCUGCCGAUUUCCUCAACGAGGCGGCGCAUUCGCUCAGGUACGGCAUCUUUACCCCGAUGGAGGCCAACAUCAUCUGGCAUUUCGCCAGCAGGGGGAGUGGGGAUUCGAGUAUGAGGUUGGCCAACGUCGAUUUCGAUGCGUUGUUGGAUCCCAAGUGGACAUCGCCUCAACAACGAAUCUCGAUCGACUCGUCGCCCUCUGUAGAAGGGCAGGGGUUCAUGAACGACGUCCUCCACUCGGUCUACAACUUUGUCUUGGGAGGUAUCGCUGGAGGUAUCGGGGCGUUUGCUGUCUACCCUAUCGAUCUCGUAAAGACUCGAUUACAAAAUCAGAGGAGCAACGUUGUGGGGGAGAUGCUCUACAGGAACCCUUGGGACUGCGUGAAGAAGGUCUACGCGAAUGAAGGAGGUGUCAAGGGGUUCUACCGUGGUGUUAUACCUCAACUGAUCGGAGUUGCGCCAGAAAAGGCUCUGAAAUUGACAGUCAACGAUUUGGUGCGAAGUAAAAUGAUGGACCCGGAGACGGGUAAGAUUUCGGUGUUCUGGGAGCUCAUGGCCGGAGGAGCCGCUGGUGCCAGUCAGGUUAUUGUAACGAAUCCUCUCGAGAUCGUCAAGAUUCGAUUGCAGCUGAUGGGAGAGCUAGCGCGAAAAGAGGGUGCCGCCAAGCGAGGAGCCGUCCAUGUCAUCAGGUCGCUCGGUCUUGUUGGGCUCUAUACCGGUGUGACAAGUUGUUUGGCCCGAGAUGUGCCAUUCAGUAUGAUCUACUUUACCGCAUAUGCCCAUCUCAAAAAAGACGUCUUCCAUGAAGGACGCCAGGGCAAGCAGCUCUCAUUCGGAGAAUUGCUUACCGCCGCUGCUAUCGCUGGUAUGCCGGCUGCCUACUUGACCACUCCCGCAGACUGUGUCAAGACUCGACUUCAAGCCGAGCGACGAGCUGGUGUCACUCACUACAAGGGUCUCAUCGACGCUCUGAUUACCAUCCCCAAGGAAGAAGGCUUCCGAGCCCUUUUCAAGGGAGGUAUCGCCCGAGUCAUCCGAUCGAGUCCCCAAUUCGGAGUGACCCUUGUCUGCUACGAGAUGCUCAAGAAGAACCUUCCCUACCCCUACGGCCCGGAAGCUCAGAAGGUCGUACCUGCGGCCGGUCUGAUGGACAGCACCGACUUGUCUCGUGUUCGUGCCAGGAACGCCUUGAAGAUGCUGCUCGACACGUCGAGUCGUUUCGGACAGCCGCCUACCCCUCAGCGAGUCUCUGCCCUCCCCUCCAUUCUGCGACCCUCGUCUUCCGAUUAGAUGACGUAGCAUUGCAUCCAUUCCUCUCAACCAACCUUACAUCGUCCUCUCAAGACCCAAACAACCAAAAUCUUGUCAUCAUCCAACACGGUCAUCAUCGGUUGUACAUCCUUAGGAUCGCUAGUAUACACAAUCCAGUAUUCUAUACAUGUUCUCGG